GGAAAGAUUUCAUCAUGGCAAGCACAGCAUCCCGACUUGGACUUAUUGUAUUUUCUGUUACACAAAUGGUUUUUUUAGCAUCGUCGCUGGGGUCUGUGGGAUUUUUCUUGAAUGAAUUUAACAAAGCCGAACAAAAACAAUCAUCUAUUGCCGAUGAUGUAGGUCUCUUUGGACGCGAGGAAUUCUUUCUCUUUUCCGUUUCUAUUGGUAUUGUCAUUGCCUUGUUUUCGAUGAUCAUUGGGAUGACACAGUCCCACGAAAAAGCACAAUAUGCAGCAUCUAUGUUAGCUGCGCAUGUGCUGCUGCUGCUACUCCUAGUAGUGUCAUCAUCACUUCUGAUCAAGACAGAAACAAUCUACGACAGAAACUUACUAUGCGACGCUUUAAAACUGGGAACUGAUGCACGAUGCUAUCAGCUGAUUAUUGGAGUGGUAUCUGCUUUCCUCUCUGUCGCGUUGUUCAUUGGAAGUACCGUCAUUUACUGUACAUCUUUAUUAGGGACAGUUCGAAUCAGCUUCAUCAACAUGGAUAAUUAAUCCAGUUGAAACGUAGUGUAGGAGAUCAGUGUAACAUGUCUCUUUUUUUACUCAAAUAAAGUCAUUUUUCGUGAUGGGUAU